AUGCGGAUCGAGCAGGGGGCGAUUGAGGAUGCGAAUUAUUUUGACUUUGCGUCGUUCGUGCAGUUCGCGACGCUGGGGAGGGACAUUCCGGGGUCGACGAGCGUGUUCGAGGAGCGCGUCGGCGCGGAGGGAGAGACAAAGGUCGUCGUCAGGGACGAGGCGUUGAGAGAUAACUCGAAAUUACCAGAGGCGGUGGCGCGGUCGACGGGGCGGCAGAUGUACGAGCGGUUACUGCGCGGAUUCGAUCGAGGGGAGGAUUUUGAAAUCGUCCGCUUCGACGGCGUCCCGGAACCGGUGAAUCGACGCUUCGGGAAGACGUCCACGGAGCUCGGUCGCGAGUGCGUCGAAGGCAUGCGAGCUUUGGGUGAGCUGUUCGUAAAUAACGGAUACGCGCUUCAAAUUUCCGUCGAUAACGACUUACGCCGGGGUGGGUUCGUGGACGACGACGGGUCAUUGCGCGUUCGCGUUCGAGUGAACGGUCCGGCGACGCUCUGGGGCGCGAGAGAGCUCGCGGCGAGGGGUCUCGUCCCCACGAACGAGUACUUGGGAUUUGUCAUGACGGCGUAUCUAGAAAAGUCCGGGGUCGGGAGCUCGUACAGCGAGAUCUUGACCGAGACUGAGAUCGACAUGUCCUGGACGUUGCGGACCGCGUAG